UAAGCGUCGCUGCUGUCAGUAGGACGUGUUGUCGGCCAGUGAAUAAAGCAAAAAACACGUUAAAUAUUCGUCAUCGUCUCCUACUCCAACGCGCGCGUAAAAAAGCAAAACAAACCAAAUGCACUUGCUGGAAUGUACAAUGAAAACGUGUGUAACAAUCAUGUAAGAACGCGUUAAAAGCAAAUGAAAGGAAAUGGAGCAUGCGGCAGGGAAGAGAGCAUCAAAUUGGUAUUAGAGGUUAACAAGAAAUUGCAGGCGGAGGAAACAGUUUGUAACAACUGAACUCUGUGGGCGUAUGGGCGUGUCAAAGUUGAAGGAAGCAAUAAGCACGAAUCGCUUGUGAAUCAGCGUGAACGUGCCGACAGGACGAGAGGAGCAGCACGGGAUAAUCGGAGCGGAAACAGCAGGCAACAGAAAUUUCAUCAAAUUACACGCAAGAAGAACGAGGAGGCUGCAUACCAGGUGGCAAGGCUGAGGAUUGGCGGAGUACGGAGUACGGAGUGCGGACCAAUAUAAAAUCCAAUGCUUGCUGCCGGCCACAAAAUGACUUUCGUUAACAAGCUGAGCAAAAGCUUCCGCUGGUUGCGCUGCUCAACACUGUGCGCCAUUUUGUUUUAUAUGUUUUUCAUUGGCCUCAUAUUGCACAGCACCAGCCACAAGCUGCAGCAACAGCAGCAACAGCAACAACAGCAACAACAAGAGCAACAAGAGCAGCGGGAGCAGCGGGAGCACAGCACAGUUGACCAUGCCCCAGCUAUGGCCAAGUCUACGCCCAAUAGUCGCGACCAGGAACUGGAGCAACCACAGCAAAAGCAACAACAGCAAAAGCUAAAGCAGAACAAUUUGGAUUUGGGCAAUGUUCAAACGAUGAAGGAGGAGCGGCAAAAAGUGCAACCGAUGUCUGCUAAUGAGAUAGGAGGAGGAAGACGAGAUGUGGCAGCAGGAGAAGAAGGAGCAAAAGGAGGAGGCGACAGAAAGUCCAAGUCCAAGCCACAGCCCGAAACAGUUAUAAUAACGACCAGCAAUGUGAACGAGAAGCAAAUACUUGCUAAAGCUUUCAAACGAGCGGAUCGCAAUCAUGAUGGUCAGCUGACUAUAAAGGAGCUGGGUCAGUAUAUAAAUCGACGGAUUGUCGAUCAUAUAGACAUUGCGAUCAUGAACAAUGCAAGGGAGUUUCGUCGCGUCGAUAUUGCACCUGCCGAUGGUCUGAUCACUUGGGAUGAAUAUCACCGUUUCUUUUUGCGUGAGCAUGGUAUGACAGAGGCCGAUAUCGAUGAGCACGAUGAGAUCAGACACACCUCACUGAAUCGCAAGGCACGUGAGGAUAUGAUGCGGGAUAAGGCCCGUUGGUCGGAGGCGGCGAGAACGGAUCUUUUCACAUUGACUAUAGACGAGUACUUGAGCUUUAGGCAUCCCGAAUCAAGUGUAUCAAAUUUGUUGGAGCUGGUGGAUGAUCUGUUGCGUCAGUUUGAUCAGGAUGGUGACGAUCAGUUGACGCUGGAAGAGUUCUCCGAUCUCAAUGUGGAUGAUGAUGAGGAUCUGCUGCGCAAGUCAUUAAUCUCCAAAACACUCGUUGAGCGUCGCGAAGAGUUCAAGCGCAUCAUUGAUAAGAAUCAUGAUGGUAAAGCUGAUCGUGGCGAACUUUUGGACUACGUGAAUCCGAAAACACCACGCUAUGCUCUUCAAGAAGCAGCCACAUUGUUCAGUUUGUGCGAUGAGAACAAGGAUGAAAUGCUCACCCUCAAGGAGAUGACUGACAAUGCGGAAAUAUUUUUGCAGUCAAAGAUGAUCGAUACGGCGAACAGUUUUCACACCGAGUUCUAAAUAAGUUUCCCUUUUUUUUACACUUUACUUCACCUGCAACCGUCCCCCCAGUUCAAUCCAACACGAUCCCAGCUCACGUCAGUCUAUAAACGGUAUAAACUAUAUAAUCUUUGUGCAUUUAUAGUGAUAUUAAUUUGUAAGUUGUUGCACAUAAUGUUUAAUAAUAGCAUACAAUACACAUAUUACUAUUAGAACUCAAAUAAUAAUAAUAAUAUAAUAGCUAUAAUUUUGUUAGAACUUUGUACUACGAUACGUAACCAUUAAGAGCAAGAGGCAAUUAAUUUCAUGUGUGAUCUUAAUUAACAAUUUUACUCAAAAAUGCUAAGCAAUUUGACACCGAAUACUCCAAAUUAUACAAAAUAAUAUACGUAAUUUAAUGAAUUUACCUAAAUAUAUGCCACAAA